CCUCCCUCCAAACGCCAUUUUUGCAUCUUCCCGCCACCUCCAAAUUUUUCAUCCGGAACUCCAUUAAUACAGUUUAAUUUCAAUUCAUUUUCAUCACCAUCGUCCCGCAACCAAAUUUUUUCCACCGUUCAUUCAUCUUCCCCAUAGCAUCAAUUUCUUUUUCCUUUUUUUUUUCUCAGCAGAAAUUGAAAACAAAAUGUUCGACGGCUUGCCCCCUCUCAAAAGAUUCAGGCUCAUGCAGCAGCAAGCUGAGCAAUCUAAGAAAAACCCAGAAUCCACAGAAAAAAACUCAGCCCCUACAUGCCUCCCGGCCAAGAAGCGCAAGGGCCUUCCUCCGCCGCCGCCUAUAUCCGCCCCCAGCGCCACCUUAUGCCUGCCGGCCAAGAAGAGGAUCUUAGCCGUCCGCCCCUUCGACCUCAACCUCGAUUACGACCCCUCCAACGCCGACAGGCAAGAGCCCCCUUUGCCGGAAACUGAAGAAUCGCCGGAAUCCGACACCCCACCGGACGGAGCACAGAAACCCCUCCCAAAAAACCCUAAUGAAGACGGCGAAGAAGACGGAAUCGUGUGCUCCGUGUGCGGGAGCACAGACGGUGACCCUGAGGACCCAAUUGUCCUCUGCGACGGCUGUGACCUCAUGGCCCACACCACUUGCUAUGGCGACCCCUUCACAAACGGCAUCCCAGAUGGAGAUUGGUUUUGCGCCCAAUGUCUGGAGCUGAAAAAAUCGGCAAAAGGUCCAAAGCCGAAGCUUUCUUGCUGCCUAUGUCCAUUAGGCGGCGGGGCCAUGAAGCCGACAACUGAUGGCAGGUGGGCCCACUUGGUCUGUGCUUUUUAUGUGCCGGAGGUAUUUUUUGAGGAGCCAGUGGGCAGGCAGGGAAUUGAUUGUAGCAAGGUUUUGAAGAAGAGAUGGGAGGGGAAGUGUUAUGUCUGCAAAUCGAUGAGUGGAUGUGUGGUUGAUUGUUCGGAGCCUAAGUGCGCGUUUGCCUUUCAUGUGAGCUGUGGUUUGAAGGAGGAGCUGUGGUUUGAGUACAGGCAAGGGAAGAGCAGAGGGGCUGUUGUUGCUGCUUUUUGCAGGGCUCACACUGACCUUUGGAAGAAGCAAGAGCAAACAGGGAAGUUCAAGAUUGUGGCUAGAGAUGACAAGGAGAAUAUUGUUGGGGAAAGGGCAAAAGGAGUUGAAUUUUGCUUGUUUCAGUAG